AUGUCUCGCGUUCUCCUCAUCACCGGUGCUACUGGCAAGCAGGGUGGCUCUGUCAUUGACUCUCUGCUCGAGCUCCCCAAUGCUUCCGACUUUACUAUUCUGGCAGUGACCAGAGACUCCAACGGUGGCAGUGCAAAGAAGCUCGCAGCACGAGCAUCAAACAUCAAGCUCGUCGAGGGAAACCUUGAUGAUGUACCUGCUCUUUUCGAGGCCGCAAACAAGGUCGCCGGUCAACCCAUCUGGGGCGUCUACUCGGUGCAGAUCUCAAUGGGCAAGGGUGUGACCUUCGAGGGCGAAGUCAAGCAGGGUACCGACCUCAUCGACGAGAGUGUCAAGAACAACGUCCAGCACUUUGUCUACAGCAGCGUUGAGCGUGGUGGUGACAAGGAGAGCUGGGACAACGCAACUCCCAUUCCUCAUUUCCAGACCAAGCAGCUUAUCGAGAUCCACCUGCGCGACAAGGCCCAAGCCAUGGGCUGGACCAUUCUUCGGCCCGUCGCCUUCAUGGACAACCUCCAGCCGGGCUUCCCAACCAAGGUCUUCCUGACCGCCCUCCACAACCAUCUUGGCGACAACAAGCCUCUGCAAUGGGUCGCUACCGCAGACAUUGGCUUCUUCGCAGCACAGGCCUUCACCCAUCCCGAGGAAUGGAACCACAAGGCGCGCGGCCUGGCGGGCGACGAGCUCACCUUCCCCCAAAUCUCAAAGGCUUUCGAGAACGCAACCGGCACUCCUGCAGGAACAACCUUCUGGGGUCUUGGUUCGGUCCUCACCUACAUGGUGACUGAGCUUGGCCAUAUGAUCGGUUGGUUCGCAUCGGAUGGUUACAAGGCCGACAUCUCCAACUUGCGCUCAAUUCACCCGCAGAUGAUGAACAUGGAGACCUGGUUGAAGAAGAAGAGCGGGUUCACAACCAAAUAG